AUGUCUGGUCGAAAACGUCAUCGUACCGCUUCUCCUGAAGAGUCUAGGCGAGAAGAUCGACAUAAACUGCAUCGAAAGCUGGAAAAUCGAGGGGAAAAUAACUCGAGCGUAAAUGAAACAUUGACAAAAGUCCUUACAAGUAUGGACGAUAUAAAGAAAGAAUUUGUCGCUUGGACCACACAAGUUAGUGCCAUCGAGAAUCAGUUGAAUCAAAACUCAUCUGUUCUUCAAGCGAAUACCGAUGAAGAUUGUUUAUCAGUUCACCCGCCGACUUCACCUUCGACUUUUGACAAAGUUGAUCAACUGUCACAAGGCAAUAUAAAUGCCAUUGAGGCACCUUUAGCUGGCUCUGAGCGACCUUUAGCCGAUGUUAGGUCGGAUUACGGUCACAGUAAUGUGUCCAAAGAAAGACCUGACAACCAGGUCCCUGAACAGUCUUGCAAAUUCUUCAACCCAGAGGAUACUGGGUCGAAGAAUUAA